GAGGGUUUAACUAGUCUUUGGCGCCCAUUCUUUGUUCUUCACCCUCUUUCGCGUACGCGGUUGGGGCGGUGCCAACGUCGCCAGAUCUGGCCAGGUUUCGCGAGCGCCGAGCGUGAAUUCGUCCACUCCGCGCGAAUCUUUGGAUCUUGGCCGCGAGACCCACGCGGCUGAUCAGUGACAACGCUAGAUCCUAGCUAGCGCGCUCGAAAGGUUUGGGAUUUCUUGCUCCCCGGAAAGCAUUCUCCUUCUUUUCCCCUAGGUAGGGCUUUUGGAUCAUCCAGCGCCAUGAGGCCCGGAGCGGUCCCUCUCCUCCUCCUCGCAUCGAUUCUACUGCUCCUCCACGCCGGCAUUGUCGUCUCGCAGCUUCCGCCGGCCGGGGCGCCCGGCCCCUCCUCGUUCUCUCCGGCGCCCUCUCCAGAGCUCUCAAACCCUGACAACGCGCCAGUUCCAGCUCCAGGCCCUUCCAGCGGUAGCGCCGAGCCUCCGUCGCCAUCUCCAUCGCCCUUCUCCUCCCCAGCACCAGCUCCAUCAGAUGGCGACGAGGGCACGGGCAAUUCCUUCCCGCCGCUCUCUUCGCCGCCAGGAUCACCGCCCACUUCCGCGGCCGCGGAGAACCAGCCGGUGGACAGGGUCAGCAGUGGUGGUGGGAGCUCUGGGAUCUCAGGUGGAGCCAAGGCUGGGAUCGCGUUUGGGGUGAUCGCGGGCGUGAUCUUCGCGGUCGGUGGAGGCUACGUUUACGUGACGAGAAGGAACAACGAGAAGCGAGCCUCGGGUCCUGGUGGCAUGCGCUUCUAGAGAAGAUUUAAUCGUCUUUGUCGCAUCGAUCGACUCUACUUCCACUUGGGCGAUUAGAUCGACAGGCAAGCGAAUUCUUUCUUUCUUUUUUUUUUCUCCAUCUUCCAUGGUUUGGUGGUUUAAAUUCGUCGGGUGAUCCAUCGUCUUCUCUUCCUUCCGGGCCCUGGAAUCUGAAUCUACCAGGAACAAUUUUUGCAGAAGAUCUUCUCAUCCUUUUAUUACAAUUACUGUUUUGCUACGAGGUUCUUCGUUCUACCUCUUGUUAUUUUCACUCCUCAUAAAUAGAUCGCUUUCGUUUCA